AAGAUAUUAAAAUUGGAAACUGUAUAAAAUAUCUAUGGCAACCUACCCAACUCCAUUCUCAUCACCCAUCCAUUAUAAAUUCCUUUCCAGUUAGCCAAGCAAGCGUACGAAAAAUCUUUGGAUUGUCACGAUGGCUCACCAAGGAGAAUCUUCGGACUCGAAAUCUACGAAGAAGGACUUCUCGACGGCGAUUUUGGAACGGAAAAAGUCGCCAAAUCGGCUAGUUGUAGACGAGGCCGUCAACGAUGACAACUCCGUCGUUUUGAUGCACCCAGAGACCAUGGAGAAGCUCCAGCUCUUCCGUGGUGAUACCAUUCUCAUCAAGGGUAAGAAACGGAAGGAUACAAUAUGUAUUGCUCUUGCUGAUGACUCAUGUGAGCAGCCAAGGAUCAGAAUGAACAAGGUUGUUAGAUCAAAUCUAAGGGUUCGACUAGGAGAUGUUGUAUCUGUGCACCAAUGCCCGGAUGUUAAGUAUGGAAAGCGUGUUCACAUAUUGCCAAUUGACGAUACAAUAGAAGGUGUUACUGGGAACCUGUUUGAUGCAUAUCUGAAACCGUACUUCUUAGAGUCUUAUCGACCUGUGAGGAAAGGAGACCUAUUCCUUGUUAGAGGAGGGAUGAGAAGUGUGGAGUUCAAAGUGAUUGAAACUGACCCUGGAGAGUAUUGUGUGGUUGCACCAGACACUGAAAUAUUCUGCGAGGGAGAGCCUGUGAGAAGGGAGGAUGAGGAUAGAUUGGAUGAAAUAGGGUAUGACGAUGUUGGUGGUGUUCGCAAACAGAUGGCCCAGAUUCGUGAGCUAGUGGAGCUGCCAUUAAGGCAUCCUCAACUUUUUAAAUCAAUUGGUGUAAAACCACCAAAAGGAAUUCUAUUGUAUGGACCUCCAGGUUCUGGUAAGACAUUGAUAGCCAGGGCUGUUGCUAAUGAAACUGGUGCUUUCUUCUUUUGUAUUAAUGGCCCAGAGAUAAUGUCCAAAUUGGCUGGUGAGAGUGAAAGCAAUCUCAGGAAGGCAUUUGAAGAAGCUGAGAAGAAUGCCCCUUCCAUCAUCUUUAUUGAUGAGCUUGAUUCAAUCGCUCCCAAGCGUGAGAAAACCCAUGGUGAAGUUGAAAGGCGGAUUGUUUCACAGCUUUUGACUCUUAUGGAUGGACUGAAAUCGCGAGCCCAUGUUAUUGUUAUUGGUGCUACGAACCGACCGAACAGUAUUGAUCCUGCUCUGAGAAGGUUUGGUAGGUUUGACAGGGAAAUUGACAUUGGAGUUCCAGAUGAAGUUGGGCGUCUUGAAGUUCUUCGCAUCCAUACCAAGAACAUGAAGCUUUCUGAUAAUGUGGAUUUAGAAAGAAUCGGAAAAGAUACUCAUGGAUAUGUUGGUGCUGACCUUGCUGCUUUAUGCACUGAAGCUGCUCUGCAGUGCAUCAGAGAAAAGAUGGAUGUGAUUGACUUGGAGGAUGAAACCAUUGAUGCUGAGAUACUAAAUUCCAUGGCUGUUACAAAUGAUCACUUCCAGAUUGCUCUUGGAACAAGCAAUCCAUCUGCAUUGCGUGAAACAGUUGUCGAAGUGCCCAAUGUCAGCUGGGAGGAUAUUGGUGGUCUCACGAACGUGAAGAGGGAACUUCAAGAGACUGUUCAGUACCCUGUGGAGCAUCCAGAAAAGUUUGAGAAGUUUGGAAUGUCACCAUCAAAAGGGGUCCUAUUCUAUGGUCCGCCUGGAUGUGGGAAAACUUUGCUGGCAAAGGCAAUUGCAAAUGAAUGUCAGGCUAACUUCAUCAGUGUGAAAGGCCCUGAACUGCUCACCAUGUGGUUCGGUGAGAGUGAAGCUAAUGUCCGAGAAAUAUUUGACAAGGCUCGACAAUCUGCACCAUGUGUUCUUUUCUUUGAUGAGCUUGACUCUAUUGCAACUCAGAGGGGAAGCAGUGUUGGGGAUGCAGGGGGUGCCGCAGAUCGAGUCUUAAACCAGCUUCUGACUGAAAUGGAUGGCAUGUCAGCCAAAAAGACUGUUUUUAUCAUUGGGGCCACGAACAGACCUGAUAUUAUUGACCCUGCACUUUUGCGGCCAGGGCGUCUUGAUCAAUUAAUUUAUAUCCCUCUUCCAGACGAGGAGUCACGAUUACAAAUUUUCAAAGCCUGCUUGAGAAAAUCACCUGUCUCAAAAGAUGUUGAUUUGGGGACACUGGCUAAAUAUACUCAAGGCUUCAGUGGAGCUGAUAUCACGGAGAUAUGUCAGCGAGCAUGCAAAUAUGCUAUAAGAGAGAAUAUAGAGAAGGAUAUCGAAAUGGAGAGGAGGAGAAGUGAGAAUCCUGAAUCUAUGGACGAGGACACCGAGGAAGAAGUGGCAGAGAUCAAGGCUGCUCAUUUCGAGGAAUCGAUGAAGUUUGCUCGUAGAAGCGUCAGUGAUGCUGAUAUACGCAAAUACCAGGCUUUUGCACAGACGCUGCAGCAGUCCAGGGGAUUUGGAACUGAAUUUAGGUUUCCAGAAACAGGGUCCGGCGCUGCAGCAGCUGCUGAUCCGUUUUCAACUUCUGCUGCUGCUGGGGCUGAUGAAGAUGAUUUGUAUAGUUAAGUUCUAUCUUCUAUUUAAGUUUGUCAUCCUAAUAAUAUAGACCUCUGUAGGAGAACUUUUUUUCCCACUUGGGACAUGGCUCUCCUGGUCAAUUACUGUAAUAUUUUGAGACUUUUCCAACUCUAGGGUUCAGUGUCUGCUACUGAAUUUAUAUUUACUUCGGGUUUGAUGUGUUUUUGUAGUGACGUUUAGCCUGAACAGGUUGACUUGGCAAAAUCUAAUUUUCAAUUGCAUGAAUGUUGUAUUAA